AUGCCUAUAAAUUUUUGUGUACAAUUAGGAAAGAAACACUUGAAAUUUGUACAUCAUUCAGCCCUCAACAUUUUACAUCAGGAAGGUGAUGAAAAAAGGCAUAAAAUAUUAGAUGUGUAUCCUGAUCUAAAAAAAGAAGUUAAAAGUUGGGUAGAUUAUCAAGACGGACAGCGCAUAAUAUUAACAACGCCAACAGUACUAGUGGGAUAUAGAGUGGAGGUAUAUAGAGCUGAAGGUACUACUCAAUGGUAUACAGCAGUUAUACAGUCCUAUAAUCAUACUUCUAAGUGUUUAGCUGUUACUGAUGAUACUGUAUUAGAAGAACACAAUGAAGACCCUGCUCUCAUUCAAAUGAGAUUGAUAGAUGAUGGAGUUGUGGAUUCCAUAUUACGAGGUGUAGAAGUAGGAAUUGCUCCACGUAGAAGACCAAGGAAAGAUAAUUUACCGAAAGAGCAACCUGGGUGUGAAGGCGGGAAAAGGAUGAGAACCACUGGCUUAGAUAGAUCUAUCAUUUUUGAAGUAUUUGAGAUUUAUUUCAUGGCUGAUGUAGAAAGGGUGUGGGAAAGACAACUUCCUAUUGAUACAUACAUGAUUCAAGAAAUUUAUUGA